AUGCGGUCAACCUCGACAGCGGCACGCGCAGCGGGCUGCCGCUUCGACCUGAUGCUCACGGCGUGGAUCCACGAGGACUGCUUCGACGAACAGCUCAUGGAGUCGUACCUGGCUGUCAACAAGUACGAAUGGUACGCAGACAGUGCCCUGACAACGCCGAUACCCGACGACGUCGUACGUCAGGGCGACCACUUCCGCGUCUACGUCGUGCCCGAGUUCCAUUACGUCCACUGUGCGUACAUGUGGGAGACGCAGAUGAGGGCGUGGAACGAGUGGAGGGAGAUCGAUCAGCGUAUCUGGGAUCUUGGGCACUCCACGCACUGCGAGAAGCUCCUGGUGGAGCACGUACUGCCGCGCAACUACACACGGCUGACGGUAGCUUUUGAUCGUUGUGGGAUACCGUAG